CUGAGCUCCUGUUUCAACAAAUUCAAAAAAGGCAUUGAAGUAAUCUUAAGUGCUCUUACAAAUGAUGUGUUUGAAUAA